GCGGGGCCGGUCCGCGGAGGCCCCGCGGCGGCGGCGCUUCGGGCACAGCCGGGACGAGCACGGACGUUGGCAGGGUGAUGCCAGCUUGAGCCAGAGCCAUGUCCAGGUACCUGAAGCACUUCACGGUGGUGGGUGAUGACCCCGUGCAGUGGAGCAACGACUACCAGAAGUGGGAGGAGGAGGAGGACAAUGGGGACAAGCAGCCGGACUCGGAGAUCAAGGUGGAGCCUGCCAGGAGACACAUCUCCUUCCAGUACAUGAUGAGAAAGCUCUUCAGCUCCCACAGCUUUCAGAUCGGGGUUGUCUGGCUGGUGAUCCUGGAUGCCUUGUUGGUUCUCGGGGAAUUGCUCAUGGACUUGAAAAUCAUCCUUCCAGACAAAUAUAACAUAACCCCGAAGGUUUUCCACUACCUCUCCCUGUCCAUUUUAACCAUCUUCCUGGUCGAGGUGGGGUUCAAGGUGUUCGUGUAUCGCCGCGAGUUCUUCCACCACAAGUUCGAGGUGCUGGACGGGGUGGUCGUGGUCGUGUCCUUCGUGCUCGACAUCGUCCUCAUCUUCCGCGAGCACGAGUUCGAGGCCGUGGGGCUGCUGAUCCUGCUGCGGCUCUGGAGGGUGGCCCGGAUCAUCAACGGAAUCAUUUUAUCAGUGAAGACCCGCUCGGAACAACAAGUGUCCAAGUUAAAACAAGCCAACCUGAAACUUGCAACGAGGCUGGAACAACUGGAACACAGCUGUGUAGAGAAGGAGCAAGAAAUCGAGAGGCUGAACAACAUCCUAAAGCAGCAUGGACUCCUCAGCCAGCCCAAGUAGGAGGGCAGUUUUCCAAGGUGGGAAUCCUGCCUGGAGAGUGCAGUGUUGGAAUCCACCAGCUUGACCUGAAAGGUUUUUUUGUCUCUUUACUUCCUCUUGCAUCGUGUUGCCUAUAAACAUUUCCUAUUUGACCACACUUUGAUCAGACCUUGGGAUUGCAAAAAGAGUUUUGCUGGAAAAUUAAUCACACACGGUCCCUGUAAACAGCAAUUUUUCUUCCCCUUUCUUGUACAGUUGUACAGUCAAAUCUGCAAAAUAAUUUAAUAAAGACACACCUUUACAAGCUA